AUGGUUUUCCCGAGUCCAGCUUGUGCAACUUGCAAGAAACGUCGUAUCAAGUGCGACACGGUGAGACCCACCUGUAACCGCUGUAGCAGCGCCGACCGGCGCUGUAUCUGGACCUCAACAACGGAAGCCUCUGGGCUGUCUUUCAGAAUCGAGAAUGCAUAUGCUAAGGGCGAGGCACGGCGCCCGCGAAAAGCAUUGUCUGUUAACAGUCCACAAUUUUUCGACACGCCAAUACCACCAACGCUGCUUGAGACGAACGAAACCCAUGCGUUAAACUUUUGGAUGCAGAAUUGGACAGGCAAACCCAGCGAUGUUCCAGAUAUUGGUCGGGAGUACCUGACCUACGUUCCAAGCUACUGGAAAUCUUCUAGUGAGGAUUCAGCUCUUCGUUUGGCCGUCUCAGCUUUGUCCCUAACUGUGUUCGGGAGGGUGCAUAACGUUGUGGGAGCUAUUGCGCAGGGCGAGACGUAUUACGCCAAGGUGAUAAGGAAGACUCAAAGCGACAUACAAGAUCUCGACCAUGCGGACACGGAUGCGCUUGUGCUUGCUACUAUGUUGAUGACUCAUUAUGAAAUCCGGGCAGCUAUUCUCCGCGGUGUGAAUGUCCAAGGAUGGCUGAAAGAUGCCACUCUCUUUGGCGAAGAAGGCCCAGUAUUGAGGCUAGACGCAUUGAUGGUCCGCGUAGCCGACCUUCGCGCCAAAGCGUUACAGUUGCAGAAUCUCGACAUAACGACUCGUAAUAACGCGUCCUGGGCUAUGUUCUUCGAGAGCCAACUUUUGAACCUAGAGCUUUCAUCGUGGCGACAGACCACCACCGACGAUUUCAAGCUCUCCAACUUUUCUUUCACCCAGUUCAGCCAAGAUGGACCACUUUGGCCAUGCAGCAUAACCUAUGGCUAUAGAUCAUACAGUCACGCUGCCAUUUGGAUUCGAUAUUAUGCUGUAUGCAUGAUCGCCCACAGCUUAAUACUAAGGAUGAUCACUGGGCUUGAUCAGCACAGGGUUCAAGUGCCACACCUCACCGAACAGCUACGCAGGUCUACAACUGCAAUUCACGAGUUAGCAACUGAAAUAUGCUGCAGCAUUCCAUACUUCUUCAACUUCAGUCUCCCUUCUAACGACAGCCUGACUCCCAAAGUUGUAACUCACCUAGCCUGGCCUCUAGCUGUGGGUAUUAGCGUUGAGGCAGUCCCAGAGGACAGAAAGUACUGGUUCCGCCAUACCCUUGCGACUAUCGCAACAGCUCUCGGAGAUGGAGUACUUGAAUGCAUUGCUAGGGGGGAGGAGUUCGAUAUCUAA